AUGAUCUGCGGCUCCGACGGUGGUACAGCAGCAGCAGCCAAUCAGCAUGCCGCUGCCGCAACAACGGAUAACGGAGUCGAGGUCGUAACGGCUGGUACAACAACGGCAGCGGCAUCAUCUUCGACAACAUCAUCGGCAGUAACAACAUCGACUGUCGUGGCCGCAACGACGACAUCAGGACACGAAACGGUUAACCAUGGAACGGCGACGGGACACACGGGAGGCGGUGGCGGCAAUGCCACGGUAAUUAGCGGUGGUGAAGUUCUAAAUGUUAGUGCCGCGGAGUUGGCUCAAAUGGUUAGUGGGGCACAGGGUAAUGUUCAAAUUACCACCACCCAACCAUUGACCAGGGCCACCAGGCGUAUGCUGCGAGGUCAUGCCACAACAAAUGCCGCCGGGGAAAGGGUAUUGCUGAUCAAUUAUAUAUCACCGAAUUCGGGCGCCACUAGCGGCGGCAGUACCGUCACCACCACAACCAACAGCAGUGGUGGUCAUGGUCAUCAUCAGCAGCAGCAACAACAUCAUGGGGGUACGGCCAUUAUACAAAGCUCAACAUCUGGAGGCCCGGGUACGACCACCACCACAAGACGGGUCAUACAAACCCGAUCUCAACAUGCAGCUGCCGCCGCCCAUGGUGGCAGUAACAAUCAUCACCCUGCAACCACCACCACCACCGUACGCACAUCCAAUGCCCCCUCCGCAACCCCCGUUUCAUUGGCUGGCCUUGGCUCUGAGGUCACCGUCACUUUGAAGAGAUCGAAUAAAUCUCAGCAACAACAACAACACCAGCAAAAUGCCGCAGAUCAUAUUAUACGACAACAACAGCAACAUCAUCAUGCACAACAACACAUUGCCACAACGCGAACAACUACAAACACAGCCGGAACUUCGGCAUCACCACCUCCCUUGGUAUUCACCACCACCCAUCAUCAUCAUCAGCAGCAGCAUCAUCACACCGCCGGCGAUGAACUCCAACAUCAUGAACUACACGAAGUCGAAGAGAUUGAGGAACAUCAUCAGCAGCAACAACAACAAUAUCAUCCACAACAACAUCAGGUCAUAAUACAUCAUCACACCACAGGUGGUGGUCAGCAGCAGCAUUAUCAGCAAACCGAACACCAUCACGAUUCGCAUCAUCAGUCGUCCGCUGGCGGCGGCGGUGUACCACACCUAAUGUCCAUACAAACCCAAACCCAAGCCACCUCCGCCGAUAUGGAUGAAGAAGAUCUCCUCGAAUAUAGUACCAGUAAUGUGGAUCAGGUUGUAGAGGCUGCCAUGUCCGUUGAGGAUGCCGAAGAUGUGGAGGAGGUUGUGGAAACGCAUCAUAUCCAACAGUUGCACACCGUACAACUGCAGACCCAAGGUGGCGACGAGUGUCUGGACGAUGAGGGUGAAGUGGAGGAGGUGUAUUUGCAAUAA